AUGGCGGAAAGAGGAGGGAAGGAUGAUAGCUCUGCAAAGUCAAAGAUGGGGAGGAAGGUCCAGAUUGAUUUUGAAGAUUCAUUAGAACCUGUAUCACCCAAGAGUAAUGGGAAAACCGAUCCGCCUGUCAUUAAAGGUGACAGGGACAAAAGUGGGAAAGGAGGCAAGGCAGCAGGCGGUGGCAAGAAUUUGUCGACGAAAGCACUUGCUCAUGAGUUCAAAGUUGAAGAAGAGUUACCCAAGAAGACUAAGUGCUUGAUGGAUUGUGAGGCUGCAGACAUUUUGCAAGGUAUUCAGGAAAAGAUGGUUGUAUUGUCAGCCGACCCAGCAAUUAAACUCCCAACUCCAUUUGACAGAGGCCUGAUGUACUCCAAGAGGCGUGGCAUAUCUGCAGAUAUCCAUGCAGUUCAACAAAUUCUUCAACCUCUCAAGAAGUAUGGUUUGUCGCAGAGCGUGAUUUGCGUGAUUGGAAAUUUGAAAGUUGAAUCUGCUGAUGAGGUUUUUGCUCUUGUCCCAUCCUUGAAGGACAAGAAAGCUAAGCUGAGAGAACCCUUGCGCCAUGCAUUGGACAAACUGGCUAAGUUGGAGAGAUAG